AAUUGGAAGGAAAUUGGAUGUACUUGUACCUUACAAAGACGGAAAAAAACCGGCGGUUUUUUAAGAACCCACCACUCCUUCUAUUCCGCUCUAUUCUAUCACGAUAUUUCUUCUGCUGGGCCUUUGUGUUCCGUUCGAGAUCGGCUUCUGCUGCGAUCCGCCUUUCUUCCUUCAAGAACUUGCUUCCGCUGCAUCUUCCAUCCCCACGAUAUUGAAACCAAAGCAUGUCUAGUAAGAAGGAAGAGAAGUCGCAAGCUGCUGCUGAAAGGAUUAAGGCUGCAGCUCUUAGUGCUGCAAAAGGCCUUAGUCGUGCCCAGGCCGAACGAGCAGCAGCCGCUGCGGCUCGAAACGUUAAUGCUUAUGGGCAGAAGGAAGAGGGCCCUAGCAGAUGGCAAGAGAAGAGGGAAGCGAAGAGGCAGAUGUAUUUGAUGAGUACUGAAAAGGCAGUCAGAUUGGGUGAAAGAAAGGACCUUAAGGCCUCCAUGUCUAGUGCUGGUGGAGCUGCUGCACAAUGCCAGAAAUGUUAUCAGGUGGGACACUGGACUUACGAAUGCAAAAAUGAACGAGUCUACAUAUCCCGACCAUCUCGAACUCAACAACUAAAAAACCCGAAGUUGAGGAUGAAGAUGUCAGAAUCAUAUGAGUUGGACAACCCAGAUUCUGGUAAGGAGAAGAAGAAGACCGAGAAGCAUUCGAAGAAAAGCAAAAGAAAGCAUCGUUCAAAUGCAAAAUCCGGUAGCGACAGCGAGGCCUCUGUUUUCGAGACUGAUAGUGGGUCAUCAUCAGUUACUGGAUCUGAUGAUUCUUCAGAAGGAAGCAGUUCAGAUUACAGCUCUUCAUCUGAAUCAGAGUCAGAAAGGAGGAGUCGAAGGAGGAGAAAGAAGCAAAAGAAGGGGAGGAGAAAGAGGAGGUACAGCUCGUCUUCCGAAUCUUCUGAUUCAGACUCAGGAUCUGAAUCAGAAUCUGAUUCUGAUGACGAGCGUAGUAAGAGGAAGAGCAGAAGGCACAGUAGAAGGCGCUAAGGUAAUCAAUCGAGUGAAGCGAAGCAAAGCGUAUUAGAAGAGUCAUAUUAGAGAGAUUUGAGUUCAUUCAGUUUCAUCCAUCAGUCGUUUAGCCACAACUAGGGACGCUCUUGAUAGAGUUGGUAUCGAGUAAUCUGAAGUUUGGGCUUUUCUAAUUGAGCGUAGUAUCAUUUUCCUUUGCUCUCCUAUAAAUUGUUGUGGAUGUAUAAAUUGUUGAUACUUCAAAUUUUAUGUUUCUACGGAUGCCGAUGUUGGUUGAUGCGAGGAUAUUGCAUUUUGAAUGAAUUUAGGUAACGCUUUAAUGGUGGUGUUGCCCUUGUUUGUCUCA